AUGCCUACUAUGCAACGUGUUGAAGACGGCCCAUACGGCGGUUAUGGAGGCAGCUACUACAAGGCCGAACAUGGGCAACACAAAAUCAAGAAAAUUGACGCCUGGGGACGGAGCUAUGAUGGUUAUGAUGUCGUCAAUGGAUUCCAAUUCACCUGGGAUGAUGGUUAUAAGGGGCCGCUUGUUGGCCACCAGAACCCCAAUAUUUACAGACCGUUCGAGUUUGAGGAUGAUGAAAAGAUAACUUCCAUGACCAUCCGCGCGGGACACGAUGUUGGCUUUGUCGACGCAAUUGAGUUCAACACAAACAAGUCCCGCCACUAUGAGGUUGGUGGAAAGGGAGGUGAACCAAACGUGAUUAAAGGAAAGCACCUUGGGAAUGGUGAUUGGAUUGGAGCUGAAGGCAGGGACCCUAUUCAUGGUGCUGACGCAGUUGUGGAUAGCAUCAAGGGUCAUCAAAAACCAUUCAGGCCCAUACUAAAGAAGACAAUAGUGGUCAAGGGUGGCAAAGGCCCCGCGGACGCCAUGUCCAUCAAGCAGAUCCCAAGACCUACGCCCUCAGUGGGACAGGCAUUGAUCAAAAUCAAGGCUUUUGGACUGAACCGCAUGGACCUGCUGCAGAGAGAGGGUCUGUACCCUCUUCCGCCGCAGGCGCCGAAGACCAUGGGUGUCGAGUUCUCAGGCACUGUGGAGUCAGUCGCCGCUGGCGCGGAAACCGACUUCAAGGCUGGGGCGUAUGGAGGAGCAUACGCGGAGUAUAUCAUCGUCGAUACAGGAAUGCUGGUCCAUAAACCUCCGGAGCUUACAUGGGAACAAGCUGCCUGUGUCCCAGAGACGUGGAUUACUGCGUCACAAGCCCUCCAUAUCAUCGGGAAAUUCAAGCCCGGCCGUUCCGUACUUUGGCACGCUGGCGCCUCGUCCGUCUCUAUCUGUGGUAUUCAACUCGCUAAAGCAGAGGGCGCCAAAGCUAUCUAUGCGACGGCCGGCUCCCAGGAAAAAUGUGGUUUCCUCGUUAACGAACUCGGUGUGACGGCCGCCUUCAACUACAAGAGUCAAGACUGGGCCACGGAGGUCAAAAAGGUCACGGACGGGGCGGGUGUCGAUUUGAUCGUUGACUUUGUCGGCGCAAACUACUUCCAGGGGAAUCUAGACGCCGCGGCGCGCGAUGGCCGAAUUGUCAUUCUAGGCUUGAUGAGCGGGCAGAAGUUGCCGGAUGGCGUGGACAUUGGCGGACUACUGUUUAAGAGACUUCGCGUCGAGGGCAGUACGCUUCGCAGUCGGGACCUGGAAUACCAGCGGAAGCUUAGAGAUUCCAUGGUGGCGCAUGUUCUUCCGAGACUUAUGGAUGGUACUUUCAAGGUGUUUGUAGAGAAGGUGUUUCCCUUUACUGAGAUUGUGGAGGCUCAUAAAUUGCUGGAGAGUAACCAGACGAGGGGCAAGUUGGCAUGUGUCAUAUAA